CGACGGGAACUCCACACGGUUAUCCAAAAAGAUACUAGUGAAUUAAAAGAGCAGUGACCUUGCUGAAUGAAACACGUGUCCUUUUGCUUUAGCCAUCACAAAUCAUGGAGUGGAGACCAUUGUCAUCAUUCUCAAAGCUGCCUCCCCCAGUCAUCUUUAACGGCCAUCUCACCAUCGUUUUCUUUCUCUCAAUCAUUUCGUCGAACUCCUGUGAAACGAGUUAGAAAGAGAGGCACGAAGCUUCAAGUUUGCUGCCGCCGGUUGUUUUAUUGUGGAGGGUAGGUAGACGAUGAGUUUCCGGGAGGAAGCGAGUGACGAUGGGAGGGGGGAUCUCAAGAAGCCGUUUUUGCACACGGGGAGUUGGUACAGGAUGAGCUCGAGGCAGUCCAGCUCCUCCCAGGCCUUUCGAGAUGGCACCGUGUCCGUUGUUGUCUGCGUCCUCAUCGUUUGUUUGGGAUCUAUCCAAACCGGUUUCACCUGUGGAUACUCUUCUCCUACGCAAAGUGGAAUCACUAGCGAUCUUAAUCUAACAACUUCGGAGUUCUCUAUCUUUGGUGCUUUGGCCAAUGUUGGCGCUAUGCUUGGGGCAAUAGCCAGCGGUCAGAUUGCAGAAUACAUUGGCCGAAAAGGGUCUCUGAUGAUUGCUUCAAUUCCCAAUAUAAUAGGAUGGCUUACCAUAACAUUUGCUAAAGAUGCAUCAUUUUUAUAUAUGGGAAGGUUGUUGGAAGGGUUUGGUGUUGGUAUAAUCUCUUAUACGGCGCCUGUGUAUAUAGCUGAAAUAUCAGCACAAAACAUGAGAGGACGUCUUGGAUCUGUGAACCAGUUAGCAAUUACUACUGGGAUAAUGCUGGCUUAUCUGUUGGGAAUGUUUACAAGUUGGCGAGUACUUGCAGGUUUAGGAAUCUUACCAUGUGCAAUAUUGAUACCCGGCCUAUUUUUCAUACCAGAAUCUCCUCGAUGGCUGGCAAAAAUGGGAAUGAUGGAAGAUUUUGAAACCUCUUUGCAAGUUUUACGUGGCUUUGAUACAGAUAUUUCUGUUGAAGUUAAUGAAAUCAAGAGAGCUGUAGCAUCAGCAAGCAAAAGAAUGACAAUCCGGUUUUCAGAUCUCAAGCGAAAAAGAUAUUGGUACCCUUUGCUGAUAGGGGUUGGGUUACUUCUGCUCCAGCAACUCAGUGGUAUCAAUGGUGUUUUAUUCUACUCCACCAAUAUCUUUGAAAGUGCUGGUUAGACUGACAUUUCUUUGAUUAAAUGUUAUUUUACCAUUCUUUGAAGUUUUUGAUUGGUAGGGGCUUUAAAAUGUGAACCAUCCAUUAUAAGCUUUGAAUUAAGUGUGAAAUAUAUGCAAGAGAAACGUGCCAUCUCAUAUCUGUCAUGUGCUAAGAUCUGUUGUGUAAUUUUUUUUUUUUUCAACAAAACAGGGAAGGACCAUAUUUCUAGUUUGUUAUAGUUUCUUUUGAGCUUUCCCUUUAUAUGUAUCUGUGUUGUACUAGUUUACGAACUAGGGACAUGAGGUCACUUAAAUUUUUUGAGACAUGAGGUCAUUUACAUUUUUCUUCAUUAUCAAGUGUUCUCAUUUUAAUCAGAAGCCAUUAUGUGUUAAUGAUGGUAGUCAAUUAGUUUCAUCUUUUGAGAGUGUUAGCAGUUUGAAUUUUAUGUGCUUCAAAUAUUUAGCUUUGAUAAACCAUUUUACUUGUUAAAAAUUUGAGCAGGUAUUUCAUCUAGCAAUAUCGCUACAUUUGGACUUGGGGCAAUUCAGGUUGUUGCAACAGGUGUGACUACAUGGCUGCUGGAUAAAGCUGGUCGCAGGCUUCUUCUCAUAAUAUCCUCAUCUGGAAUGACUGUCAGCCUGUUCCUUGUUGCGGUUGCAUUUUAUGUGGAGGGAAUUGUAUCAGAAGAUUCUCGUUUGUAUAGCAUAAUGGCAAUACUUUCUCUUGUGGGAGUUGUGGCCUUGGUGAUAUCUUACUCAGUUGGACUUGGAGCUAUUCCAUGGCUUAUAAUGUCUGAGAUACUUCCAGUGAAUAUUAAGAGUCUCGCCGGCAGCAUGGCAACCUUGGCAAAUUGGCUGACAUCUUUUGUGAUAACCAUGACUGCAAACUUGCUUUUGAGUUGGAGUGGUGGAGGUACCUCUCUAUCUCUUACAUGCACACAUGUCUGCACAUUCAUUAUGCAAGCAUGAACUUGUGUGUGCCUGAAGUAGUGCAGGCAUUUUUUUCCUAAUUUAUAAAGUAACAAGGUUCCU